AUGGCGCUCUCUCAGAAGGAGGCCGACAUUCAGCUGCUGCUGGCGGCUGGCUGCCACCUGGGCACCAAAAACUGCUCCUUCCAGAUGGAGCGCUACGUGUACCGCCGCCGCAACGACGGCAUCUACGUGAUCAACCUGGAGAAGACCUACGAGAAGCUGCAGCUGGCCGCGCGCGUCAUCGUCGCCAUCGAGAACCCCCAGGACGUGGUGGUGCUGUCUGCGCGCCCCUACGGCCAGCGCGCGGUCUUCAAGUUUGCGCAGUACCUCCAGGCCAAGUGCAUGGCGGGCCGCCACACGCCCGGCACGUUCACCAACCAGAUCCAGAAGCAGUUUGAGGAGCCGCGCCUGCUGAUCGUCACGGACCCCCGCACCGACCACCAGCCUGUGAAGGAGUCCUCCUACAUGAACAUCCCCACCAUCGCGUUCUGCGACACUGACUCGGCGCUGCAGUUUGUUGACGUGGCCAUCCCGGCCAACAACAAGGGCAAGCACAGCAUCGGCGUGCUGUACUACCUGCUGGCACGCAUGGUGCUGCAGAUGAGGGGCACCGUCAGCGAGGCCAACCCCUGGGACGUCAAGGUCGACCUCUUCUUCUACAGGGAGCCCGAGGAGACCAAGGAGGCCGAGGCUGAGGAGGCCGGUGACUACGGAGAGUUCGGCGCCCUGCCCGCCCCUGCCGCCACCGACAACUGGGCCGCCCCCGCCCCCGGCUACGACGCCGCCGGCGCCGCGCCCGGCUUCGAGGCCGCCGGGGGCGGGUUCGAGGCCGUGCCUGCCACCGGCUUUGAGGCCGCGCCCGCGCCCGAGGUGUUCGCCCCUGCCCCGGCGGAUUUCGGCGGCGAGUUCUGA